AUGACAAAUAAACGGGUUCAAAGGGACGAUUCUACAGAUUCAUCUAAAAUUGAUACAAAUAAAAAUACUGAACCCUCGACUAAGGGAGCAGGAUUUAUGGUUAGAAUAAUGGAAUUAGAACGGAACGCAAAAGAAAGUGCUGAGAAUGAGAAGCGAAGUCGGAUAGAAAAUUCUGAGCUUAAGAGUAGAGUAACGAAACUAGAACGUGACAUCGAGGAGAUUAAAUAG